UUGUUAUUAAAAGAUUUAUUAUUAUUAUUCAUUUCUAGUUUAAUUUUAUUAAUUUGUGUUUUAGUGGGAGUAGCAUUUUUAACUUUGUUAGAGCGUAAGGUUUUAGGUUAUAUUCAGAUUCGGAAGGGGCCUAAUAAGGUGGGUUUUAUAGGGUUAAUUCAACCUUUUAGAGAUGCCAUUAAGUUGUUUACUAAGGAACAAACUUAUCCUUAUAUAUCAAAUUUAAAUUUGUAUUAUUUGAGUCCUGUAAUUAAUUUUUCUUUAUCGUUAUUUUUAUGAAUAAGUAUGCCUUUUAUUACUGUAAAUUUAAAUUUUAAUUUAUCCUUAUUAUUUUUUUUAAGAGUUUCAAGAUUAAGAGUUUAUACUAUUAUAUUAGCUGGUUGAGCUUCAAAUUCUAAUUAUUCUUUGUUAGGGAGAUUACGAUCUGUAGCUCAAACUAUUUCUUAUGAAGUUAGAUUAGCUUUAAUUUUAAUUUCUUUUUUAUUUUUAAUUUUAAGAUUAAGAAUUUUAGAUCUAAUGAUUUAUCAAGAAUAUCUUUGAUUUAUUUUUAUAAUAUUACCUAUUAGAUUAAUAUGAUUAGUUUCUAGAUUAGCUGAAACUAAUCGAACUCCUUUUGAUUUUGCAGAAGGAGAGUCAGAAUUAGUUUCUGGAUUUAAUGUAGAAUAUAGAAGAGGAGGAUUUGCUUUAAUUUUUUUAGCUGAGUAUUCAAGAAUUUUAUUUAUGAGAAUAUUAAGAGCUAUGUUAUUUUUAGGAGGUAAUUUAAUUAGAUUUACUUUUUUUUUAAAAUUAACUUUAGUAAGAUUUUUUUGAUUAUGAGUUCGAGGGACUUUACCUCGGUUUCGAUAUGAUAAAUUAAUAUAUUUAGCUUGAAAGUCUUAUUUGCCUGUUUCAUUAAAUUUUUUUUUAUUUUAUUUAGGAUUAAAAUUUAUUGUAUUUGUUUUUUUAAUUUAG